AUGAGUAAGGACAGACCGAAGAGGAACAUCAUCCACAAGAGGCGAGAUGACGACAGUGACGGGAUCCCCUGGUCGGAGGAGCGGGAGGUACGGAAGGUCCUCUAUCUCUCUCUGAAGGAGUUCAAGAGGGCGCAGAAACGCCAGCUCUGCGACGGCUUCAGCCAUGGAACCAAAAGUUCAAACGGCUCCUUGUCCAGCGUCCAGCUCGGCGGUUCGGGUUCUAAAGGGGGACGCAAAGAGGACGACGCCCGCUCUCAGAGCACCGACGGACCGGCCAAGAAGAAACCCAGACUUCACGCUCAGAGGAAGUUCGCCCAGUCUCAGCCCAAUUCUCCCAGCAGCACCCCCGUGAAGACGGCCGACCAGUCGCUCCCGGCGCCCGCCGCGCAGAUCACCGACCUGUCCAGACGCAAACCCAAGACCGAGGACUUCCUCACCUUCCUCUGCCUUCGAGGUUCACCAGCACUGCCCAGUAACGUGGCGUACUUCGGCAGCUCUCAGGACGAGGGCGAGCUGGACGGCGGCGAGGAAUGUGAGGACGAGAAGACGCCCAGCGUGGCAUCCACCUCGUGCCAGUCUACGCCGCGGAAGGGGAAACCUCCCAAAGUUAACGGACAGGUGUUGAACGGUCACUCGAGGGCGAUGAGGGAGCGCGAGAGCUCGCUGAGACUCAAAACCAGAGACUCGUCGUCAGGGAAGGAGUGCUGGGACCGGGCGGCGGAGCGGCGGGGCGUCUCGCAGUCCGUCACCAGGAGGAGUCACGCCGUCAAGAGGAGCGCCGAGGAACUCCGCAAACAGGUCGCGAGAGUGAACUGUUUUUCUCGGGCGUCCUUCGCCAGGAAGCACAAAGACUGCCGCCUGGCAUCGAGAACUGUGAAGUACACGGCCACAGUGAGCAAGGGCCACGUCACCUACACCAAAGCAAAAGGAGAGCUGGUCAGGAAAGCCAAACUCAAUCACAGCAAACAUCCUGCUGCUGCUGACCAGCACUCGGCUAGCAACGGGCACAGCGCCCACGCCCUCCACUCAGGGAAAGCCCAAAGUGGCAAUGCAAAAACACGCAAACAGGUGCUGUUAUCACACAGGCUGCACGCGUUGGUCAACGGGGGCGCCGGCGUGCGCUUCAACGGCAGGAUCAACGGGCGCCACGGCUCCAAGCCGGACGACGAGGAAGAGAGCCAGCACGGGCGGCUCGGGCUGCGCAACUCCAAGCGCCGAAUGGACGCGGGCACGGAGGUGGCGGAGAGCAGACCCAAGCCCUCGCUUCCUGAGGCUAAAAAGGCCAAACUGGCGUCCACCCCGGUGGUGGAGACGCGCAGCAAGAGGAUCCUAAACCAGGACAAAGCCUUGAGCGCCUUUACUAACGGGCACAGCAUCACAGAGACAGCGGCCUCACCCACUCAGAAAGCGGUCCCCGCGGCUGCCCCGGCCUCGCCCGCCGCACCGGACUCCGCCCACCAAAGCCCGGCCAACCCGGAGCCGGCGCGGCAGCGGCCCAAGCGCGCCUCGGCCGGGAGGCUCAUGUUCAUCCGCAGGGAGCAGCAAAGGGCUCGGAGCUGGCACGCCAACUACCACGCCAACACUACCUCAAUCAGUGGGACCUCGAAAGAGCCUGGCCCCCACGCCACGCCUCAGACCAUGCCUCACCGGGCGGAGAAGGAGCGCGAGAGAGAGCGGGAGAGGAGCCGGGCGGGCCUGGCUGCGCUGCCCGAGGUGCCCGUGCUCAGGCCGAACUCGCAGGAGUUUCAGGACCCGCUGGUGUACCUGGACUCCGUGAAGGAGUUGGCCGAGCCGAGCGGCCUGUGCCGCGUGGUCCCGCCACCGGACUGGAGGCCCGAGUGCAAGCUGAAUGGCGAGAUGCGCUUCGUCACGCAUGUGCAGCACGUGCACAAGAUCGGGCGUCGCUGGGGGCCCAACGUCCAGAAACUGGCAUGCAUCAAGAAGCACCUCAAAUCUCAGGGCAUUAGCAUGGAGGAGCCGCUGCUCAUCGGCGGCUGUGAGGUGGACCUGGCGCGCUUCUCCGAGCUGGUGAGCGACAUGGGCGGCAUGCAGCGGGUGAUGGACCUGAAGAAGUGGAGUCGCCUGGCCGACCUUCUCCGGAUCCCCAAAUCCGCCCAGGAGCGUCUGGCCAAGCUCCAGGAGGCCUACCUGCAGUUCCUGCUGUCGUACGACGGGCUGUCCCCGCACGAGCACCGCCGCCUGGAGCACGACGUGCUGGCCGAGAAGGACGCACUGGAGCGCCUCCGCGGGCCCCUGGAGGGCCUCCUGGAGAGUGGCCACGCCCUGGCCCUGCCUCGUUACGAGCCCAAGAACGGGCUGCGCGGUCAGGGCGCCGAGACGGAGACGCAGCAGAACCCCGGGCGCCGCAGACUUUUCGCUCACGAGAAGAAGAGAGGGGGCAGGGAGGGAGGGGCGGGGCCGGAGGAGGGUGUCCUCAGUGACCAGCACAAAUGUAUAUACAAGGGCAGGUCGGUUUCUCUGACCACCUUCUACAGAAUCGCCCGGAACACCAUGGUGAUGUGCUUCAACAAGGAACCCAGAGCGUCCGAAGUGGAGCAAGAGUACUGGCGAAUAGUGGAGCAGAGAGACUGCCACAUCACAGUGCAUUAUGGGAAGGUGGACACAGGCACGCAUGGAAGUGGAUUUCCUGUGGUCAAGUCUGAGCCCUUCUCAAAGCAUGGAUGGAACCUGACUGUCCUCCCUAAUAACUCGGGCUCCAUCCUGCGCCACCUCGGAGCUGUACCCGGGGUGACCGUUCCCUGGCUGAACAUCGGCAUGGUCUUUUCUACCUCAUGCUGGUCACGUGACCAGAACCGCCUUCCGUACAUCGAUUACUUACACACUGGUGCUGACUGUAUCUGGUAUUCUGUUCCUGCUGAGGAGAAGGGGAAGCUUGAUAAAGUCGUGCACACACUGCUGCAGGCCAACGGCACACCGGGACUGGAGAUGCUGGAGAGGAACGUCAUGAUCUCUCCGGACCUUCUCCGGCGUGAGGGGGUUAAAGUUCACCGGACGGUGCAGCAGAGCGGUCAGUUCGUGGUGGUUUACCCGGGCACCUUUGUAGCGCGGGUGUGUUGUGGGUACAGCGUGUCUGAGACGGUUCACUUCGCCACCCCACAGUGGAUGAACGUGGGAUACGAGGCAGCCAAGGAUCUGAAAUGCAGGUGCAUUGCUAAACCUUUCUCCAUGGAGAAGCUGCUGUACCAGAUCGCCACGGCCGAGGCCAAACGAGAGAACGUUCUUCUGCUCAGCACCAUCUCCUCUCCUCUCAAAGAUCUCAGGAACGUGGAGAUGAAACAAAGGCAGGAGCUCUACGAGGCCGGCCUGCUCUCCUCCGCCCGCUACGGUGCUCAUGAUAAUGGGCAGAACGAAGCCGAGGGCAGAAAGAAACCGCGGAAGUGGCUGGCGCUGGAGUCCUCGGAGAGACGGUGCCAAACGUGCCAGCACCUCUGUUACCUGUCCAUGGUGGUGCAGGAGAACGAGAACGUGGUGUUCUGUUUGGAGUGUGCGCUGCGCUACGUGGAAAAACACAAAUCCUGUCGCGGACUGAAGAUGAUGUACCGAUACGACGAGGAGCAGAUCAACAGUUUGGUGAACACGGUGAGCUGCAAAGCCAUGAAGAACUCGACCGAGUCCUGCAACGGCUCCAGUCCCUCCAAACACCCCGGCAAGCGACGUCCUCGCAAGUCCACCACCACGACCACGACCCUGGAGGUCACGCUAACCCGCCUGGGGAAAAACACCAGUCCUACUGUGUCAUGAGACUCCUGCUGUUUUACCCAAUCACGCGGCGUCUCUUUAUCCCCGGGACCGGGAUCCUGCCUCCGGCCGCACGGCCAGACUCGCUCCGGGCGAGCUAGCUGCCUUUUUUGCACUAGAGCGAAAGAAGGUUUCUUUAUUAUUUUUUUUUUUUUUUUGGGGUUUGUUUGGGUUUGUUUUUAGUUUUAGCAUUAAGCCACGCGCCCCGGGCACCCCCCGGGCGUGGGUCUGACCCCUCCUCAGCCCUGUGACUGCAAACGCUCGGACUGAACUGUGAAUCGACACGCUGGUGCUCCUGAUCGUUUCCUUCGACCAUACCGACCCCGAGGACUGCUUUUUAAUUUUCAUUUUAAUUUCUUUAUUUUAUUGGCCUCUUCGAUUCCUUCGGUCGUAAGCGAGGUAACACUUGAAAGCGGGGCGUCUUUUAUUUUGGGGUUUUUUAAGGCGGGAUCAGAUUUUAGAUGUGUGCUUUUAUUGGUUCUUACGGUGCGCUGACGGCCGGGCGGAGCUCCCGCACCGACACUAGCGACGUUUAAACUGUGCCUGAUCUUCAGGACUCUUCUGGUGCUGUUUUGUUUGUUUAUUUGUUUGUUUAUUUUUUUUAAAACUGUAAAUCAAUUCACAAAACACAAAGAAAUCGAAACAGGAAGUGCUAUUCUGCCUUCAGCACAGGACGGAGGUGCUCGGAGGCUUUUCCACGUCGACAUGUGCAAUCGUCUUAACAUUUCACACUUCCACUCCGAUCUGUACCUACUAACAUUCAUUAUUUUAUUAUUAUUAUUUCUAUUUUAUUUUAUUGUAAUUAUUUGUUUAAUGUCGUUUUUGGAUUCGGAUUUCAUGUAGAGCCACUAGGUGAGGGUGUAUAAUGUGAAAUCGCUUUUUUUGUUUUGUUUUGUGUUUUUUCCUCCCGACUUUAUGUUUUUUAGAUUAUUAAAGCCUGCUGUUGUAGUUUUUUCAUUAAUUUGUUUGCUUUUUAUUUUUUAGUUUUUUUAGUUUUGUUAGGUUGUUUUAUUUUUUAUACCUCCCAGUCUCUUUUUUAUUAGUUUUUCUCCCUACCUCAUUUUUUCCUCUUAUUUUUUGCACCCUCACCCCUUAAUUGUAUUAUUCGUUCUAGUUAUUUUUAUUAUUAUUAUUUUGUUAGAUUUUCUUUCCUAUUUAUUUUUUUAUGUAUAUAUUUCUUUUUUCUGUCCAUUUCAUUUCUAUGCAUUUUUAGUUUUAUUUUUUCCUCUACCUCAUAUUUAUUGUGGGUUUUUUGUAGUUUCUUUCUAACUCUUGCUUAUAUAUUUUUUCCACUUUUUUCCAGGCUGUUAUUUGUUUUAUUUAUUUUUUGUUUCCUCAAACGAAUCCAUCAGUUCAUGUACAGAAGCGUGUAAAUGUUUUUUUUUUUUAAUACUUGAGCCGCUGGUCAAGCAGACGAGAGAAACUUCGCGAUGAAGAAAAGCCUUACCUUUCUCCUUCUUCAUCCGGGUGUGCCAGCGGGCGUGUGGGCGAUGCCCCCCAGGGUUCCUCUGGCAUCGCUGAUAAAAAUCUGAAGUGCUGCUUAUAUCGCUGACUAAUAAGAUAUGAAAUAGCGAUGUUCCCCCUGUUACCGGGUUUCUCUGUUUGUUUUUUAGCUUUACUUUUUUUAAUAAAGGAGAAAAAUGCUCAAGCAAAAAAAAAAAUCAGGUUUUUUACAUUUUGAUUCCUGAAUAUUUGAGGAUGUUGUAGCUGCUCAUGUUGCACUGAGCUUACAGUGGUGACCGAUAAUCCGGCUUCUCCACAAGACUGAACUUUUAGGAGUAUUUAAAUAAACCUAGUCAGGUGUUUUCAGCAGGAAAGAAAUAAAUCGUGCUUCGUCGAGUUUUUAUGGCCUUACUGCGUAUUUUAUUCACUUUUCUGUGUUUAUUUCCACACUAGGAGAGAUUCGCUCGGCUCAGCGUUAAUUUAUUCACUCGCUCUGAACUGAACGGCUCCGUGUUCGCUUUUCAUGCCAGUCUUCGUUUCCUUUCUUUCUUUUUGGUUCGUUUUUUACUUUUCCAGUUUGUACUCGAGGUUUAAUAAAAUCUUAUUGAUUGA